AUGGCCGGAUGGUUCUCCUCAGGAACCUCUGCUCUCGACGAGCAGAUCGAGAAAGCCACUUCUUCCAGCUUGGAGGACAUUGCCACAAGCCUGGAAAUCUCAGAUCUGAUCAGAUCCAAAACUGUGCAGCCUAAAGAUGCUAUGCGGUCAUUAAAGAGACGGAUAGGCAACAAGAAUCCAAAUAUUCAACUUUCCGCCUUGAAGCUCACCGACACCUGUGUUAAAAAUGGCGGCUCGCAUUUCCUCGCCGAAAUCGCCUCUCGCGAGUUCAUGGACAAUCUUGUUUCGUUACUGAAGGCAUACGGGGCCGCUUCCGUCAACGACGAGGUCAAGCAAAAGAUACUCGAGUUGGUGCAGAGCUGGGCCAGUGCUACGCAAGGACGAUACGAACUAUCAUAUAUCAACGAAGUUUACAAGAGCUUACAGAAAGAAGGCUUCAAGUUUCCACCUAAAGUGGAGAUCUCCAGCAGUAUGGUGGAUAGCAGCGCGCCGCCUGAGUGGGCUGACAGCGAUGUCUGCAUGCGAUGCCGAACCGCGUUCACCUUCACCAAUCGGAAACACCACUGCAGGAAUUGCGGCAAUGUCUUCGAUCAGCAAUGCUCCUCCAAGUCGAUCCCUUUGCCCCAUCUGGGCAUCAUGCAACCUGUUCGAGUCGACGACGGUUGUUACGACAAGUUGACGAAGAAGUCAUCCGGGGGUUCUGAGCGCCGGGUUUCCUUCGCACCUAAACCGAGUACUAUGCAACCACGAAGCGCUCGAGUGGAGGCCGGUAGCUUUGACGAGGACUUGAAAAGAGCGCUGGAAAUGAGUUUAGAAGAAGCCAGAGGAGUGUCAGGCUCCGGGUAUGUUCCGCCAUCACAGUCCAAGCAAGAGCCGGCGAAGACAAAUGGUGCAUCGAAUGAGGAAGAGGAUGAUCCGGACUUGAAAGCCGCUCUGGCUUUGUCUCUGAAGGAAGCUGAGGAACAGGCUAAGAAGCAUGCGGCCUCGAUGAAGAAAUCUGCCGACGAUGGAGCCAGCUCCACGCAACCGUUUGUUAUGCCCAAGAACGAUUAUGAAUUGUCGAUUAUGGAAGCUGAAAACAUCAACCUGUUCUCGACGUUAGUGGAUCGACUACAGCAUCAGCCUCCAGGAACUAUUCUCCGAGAACCACAAAUUCAAGAAUUGUAUGAAAGCAUUGGUAAGCUUCGGCCCAAACUGGCCAGAACUCUGGGUGAGACAAUGUCCAAGAAUGACGCAUUGCUUGAUUUGCACGCGAAACUAUCCACCGUUGUGCGAUACUACGAUCGCAUGCUUGAAGAGCGAUUGAACAAUACGUAUAAUCAAAGAAACUCCGGUUACACAGCAUAUGGACUACCCUCGCCCGCUGCGGCACCUCAACCGUCCGGAAUGUACCCUUCAAUAGCCUCAGGACCGCCGCCGUCCAUGAAUACUGGUCCUGGCGGUGCAGAGAACUAUUAUUUCAGCAAUGCACCUAUGGAGUCGUAUGCUCCUCCUCCUCCUCCUUCUCAGCAGACACCAAUGGCCCAGCCACAACGGUCCUAUUCAUAUACCGGUCAGAAGCAGGAAGCUCCUGCAUCUCCAUAUCAAUACGCAGCAAAUCAACAGCCUUCGCAACAACAUCAACCAAGCAGUCAGCCUCCUCAAUUCAACCAACCCUCUUCCCCACAAAUGUAUCAACAAUAUCCAUCUCAGCCCUCCCAGCCACAGUAUCCUCAAAUGCCUCCGGCUGAUCCCCAGCAAACGCCAACAUCGUAUGCCCCGAUGCCUCCAAUGUCUCCUGAGGCUCCGACUCCACAGCCACCAUCGCAAUAUCAAACACAACAACAAGUACAACAAACUCCACAACCCUACCCACAACAACCCCCGCCUUCGAGUCAGCCUCAUCAACAAAGUUACUCUCAACCACAACAGUACGUUCCUCAACAGCAGGGGCAGCCACCGUCGCAGCAACCAGCUCCACAAUCGAUACCCAACUCAUACGGCUCUUACCCAACCUAUACGCAAGAACACUUCCCCUCCGCGCCGCAGCAUACGCCGUCAUACCAACAACCACAGUCCCAUCCACAGCAGCAUCAACCGCAGCCCGUUGCCGUGGAGGAAAGUUUGAUCGAGCUCUGA